AUGGAUGACUUCAUAAUGGGAUGGCUGGCAAGGGCCCUGGGACUAGGGGCUGGGGUUCCCUCGUUAAGGCUCUUAGGUUUGCCCCUGCCAGGGAAACCUUUGUCAGCCAGUGAAGAGGAGCAGAAAAAUGUCCUGAAGCAAAUGAAAGUGCGAAAUACACUGAAGGGCGACAAGAGCUGGAUAACUAAGCACGAAGACUCAGAUGACCAUGCUGUAGCGCUUCCCUCAGGACAAAACUACGCUACACCCUCAUCAGUUGGAGAGGGAUCAAAUGCCAGUUCUCCGAACACAAAGGCUCCUGCUGGUUACAUCAUACGGGGAGUGUUCACCCGAACAAUAGACAGCUCAUCUAACUCCCAACAGCACCACUCUAAGACCAAUGGAGCUCCAAGAAGUGCUUCUGGACUGCCAGGAGCAGCUAAUUCUGCUUCUGCUCCGCACUCCUCUGCUUAUAAGAUGACUACGGAAGAUUAUAAGAAACUGGCACCGUACAACAUCAGGCACAGCUCCACAUCAGAGACCGAGGAAGUGGAGGUGCCCUUCACCUCAGAUGAACAGAGACGGAGGUCACAAGCUGCAAGUGGUGUUUUGAGGAAGACGGCCCCACGGGAACACUCUUAUGUCCUCUCAGCGGCUAAGAAGUCCACUAGUCCUACCCAGGAGCUGCAGGCCCCAUUUAUUGCAAAGAGGGUUGAUGUGGAUGAGGAUGUGCCUCCCGAGAAAAAACAGGAGCCCGCUGCUCUAGCACGAUCUGUUUCUGGCAGUGUAAAUGGAGGAAGAGCCCACGUGUCUCAAGCAAUUCUACUUGGGUGUAUACCAAGUAUUCCCAGCCCCUCUGGAAGCCAGGAACCCAGUUUGAAAACUGAGGAGAUCGUCCGUUUGCAGAUCACAACCCCCAGAGCAGGACUCCGCCUGGUGGCCCCGGACUUGGAAGCCCUGAGGCCUUCCCAUAAAACCAAUGAAGCAUCAUGCUCUGAAGACUUCAACAGAGAUUCAGCUUGGGAGGCUAAGUUUAAGAAUUGCAACACAGAUUUGGAAAGAUCAGCUGCACAGUUGGGUGGUGGCAGCGAGGAACCAGAAGCCCCAGAAUCCCCACCAGAAGGUUUGGCUGGAGCAGGUGCGGGUGCAGAGCAAAAAGGGUCUGGCGCCAUGAUAAUUUCUUUUCUGACUGACAAGAAGAGCAACAGUGCAACAGACUCCAAGGGCCCCUCAGCUGAUGGGGAGAUGAACAUGGCUCCCAUGACCAUCCAGGCCUAUCAGGAGACAUAUGGUACUACAGAAGGCAGCCAGGGAGACCCAGCUGUGGCCCCUCAACAGCCUGCAGAUCCCAGCACCCUGGAGCUGGGGAACAACUUCAGUGUACUCAGUCAGCUCGCCCCAUCUGAGGCCCGUACCAGCAGCACUCCGGCGGCCUGUGAAAAUGUGACCCCCAAGAUAUGUGAGGCCUGGCAGGAGACACCUGAGGUCCUACAAGGUGGCCAAGGGGACCAAGCUGUGUCUAGUCAAGAACUUGCAGAUCCCAGCACUCCAGAGCCACAGAGCAGCCCCAGCGGACCCGAGCAGCAAAUGAAACUGGAUAAUACCACUACCAGGCUGCAGAGCCCUUCAAGCUUCGCGGUCACUGUUAAUGUUGCUGCCGCUUCUGAAGAGCUGCGUAUGCCAACUGCCUCAAGUGAGCUGGACUGCAGCUCAACUACCAAAGGAAUUCUCUUCGUGAAGGAGUACAUGGAUGCUACUGAAGUGGCUUCUGGAAAGCCAGUGUUUUCGCACUAUGGCAGUAGCAGCAGCAUUGAGGACUCACUGAACCCGGAGAAGAAACCCCCACAUGAAGGAACUCCACCCUCCGAGAGACCAACUGAAGGCGCCUGUACUUACUGCAGCCGAGAGAUCGGAGAUUGUCCAAAGAUUACCCUUGAACAUCUUGGCAUCUGCUGCCAUGAGUACUGUUUUAAGUGUGGAAUUUGCAGUAAACCGAUGGGUGAUCUCCUAGAUCAGAUCUUCAUUCACCGUGACACCAUCCACUGUGGGAAAUGCUAUGAGAAGCUCUUCUAG